AGCUGUUGCAAAACUACAACUCCCAGCACGCUCGGCUGUCCGAGCGUGCUGGGAGUUGUAGUUUUGCAACAGCUGGAACGCUGCUAUAGUGUUGCGUGUUACUAUGUCUCAGUCACAGCUGCACGGUUUCCUCUGUGCACUAGAAGCCAUUGAAGUGUCACAGCAACAACAACAACAACAUCCCCAUCCCGCUAGUGGCGUCCACGUCCCCCCGCACGCCAUUGGGCAGUCCUGCUGUCAAUCAACGUGACAAAGGGGCGGGGCCAGCGCCAGCAACCAGGGCAGAGCACAGUGCGGGAGCUGCAGAGAGGAGGAGGAAGGAGACCCAAUCCUGCAGCACAGCCUGCACUACAUCAACAACACCACAGCCAUCCGGCUCUGCCAGCCUUAUAUGUACCCAGUGCACACAGCUGCCAGAAAGAGAGGUGCUGUGCAUGAACCCCCACCCCAAAACCUGGACUGAUCUGCUGCACCACCUGUCUACUGCACUGGGUCAACAACUUAAGGCAUAAAUUGUGUCCUGAAGAAGCGAACUAAAGUAGCCAACAUGUCCAAAUAUAAACUUGUAAUGCUGAGGCACGGUGAGGGUGCCUGGACAAUUGAAAACCGAUUUUGUAGUUGGGUUGACCAAAAGCUAAGCGAGGAUGGACUCCGAGAAGCCGAGCUGUGCGGAAAGCAUUUAAAGUCUCUGGGAUUUGAGUUUGACCUGGUCUUCACGUCAAUCCUGAGCCGCUCCAUCCAAACGGCCUGGCUAAUAUUGCAAGAACUUGGGCAAGAAUGGGUCCCCGUGAGGAGCUCUUGGCGGCUCAACGAGAGACAUUACGGGGCACUCAUCGGCCUCAACCGAGCCGAACUAGCCCUCAACCAUGGGGAAGAGCAGGUGAAGAUGUGGAGGAGGAGUUACGAUAUGGCCCCUCCCCCUAUAGAUGAAUGUCACCCUUAUUAUCAGGAGAUCCACACGGAUCGGAGGUACGCGUGCUGCGACAUACAGAAAGAUAACCUGCCGAAAUCUGAGAGUCUGAAGCAGGUUCUGGAACGGCUCCUUCCCUACUGGAACGAGGAGAUAGCGCCUGAGAUCAAAAAAGGGAAAAGGGUCCUUAUCUCUGCACAUGGCAACAGCACAAGAGCCCUAUUAAAACAUUUAGAAGGGAUCUCUGACGAUGACAUAAUAAAAAUUUCACUUCCCACCGGUGUUCCUGUACUGCUUGAACUGGAUGAGAACCUGCAAGCUGUCAAGCCUCACGAAUUUCUGGGUGACCAAAAAGCCAUUCAGGCUGCUAUAAGGAAAGUGGAAGAUCAAGGCAAAGUUAAACCAGUCGAUAACUGAGAUGCUUCCAGAUAUCUCAAAUGAGGGGUUGUUCAGAAUUGAACAUGACUGCUUUGUUCCAAAACAGUGCCACCUCUGGUUGUAUGUGGUAUUACACAUAAACUUUCACUUAAAUGGAUCCAGGGUGCAAUUCUAGGGAUAAACCAUGGACAUGUGUGGCGCUGUUUUAGAAUAAAAGCAACUAUGUUAUCCUAACACUGAACAACGCCAUUAACCAGUGGUGCUUCACAGUAAAUAGCUCCCUAUUUGUAGUUGGCUAUGUACAUAGAUUUCCUCCUGUCAGCACAAAAAUGUGGAAUUAUUUUUUUUAUUUUUAUUUUUUACAUGUAUUGGCAAAUAUAAUGUGUAGUGGGAAUUCCCAUCAGUGUUUUUUUUUUAGCAGGCACUUAAAGGGGUUAUCCAACAAAUCUAAUAAAAUAAAAAAAAAAACUCAGAUCAGCAUAGGACAUUAACCUUGCAUCUAGUAUUCUACUGUGACCUUUGUAUCUCCUGUACGUGGCUCUAAUACCCUUUUUUUGUCCUCCUGCUUGUUCCCUUCCCCACACUCUGUCUUUAAACUACAGGUCCCAGCAUUCUUUGCUGCCGCUCUGUGCUCACUUCCUCCUAACUACCGUUUUCUGCCCCAGUCACCUGACCAGCCCCAGCAGUCAGAAUGUUACUAAGCAACCAUUCCCAUCCAUUAUAUAGCAAUAAUUCACAAAAUGGGGGCCUUCAUCUACAAAACUACAACUCCCAGCAGUCCCAAAAAGUUAAAGUCCAUCUGUGCAUGCGUGGAGUUGAAGUUUUAAAGUUUUUAAACAACUAAAUGCACCCUUUUUGGGAAACACUGCUACAUAGUGUAUGUAUAUAUAUAUAUAUAUAUAUAUAUAUACACACACACACACACACACACACACGGCAGCCAGAGAUAUAUCUCCCCAAUAAAGCUCUACUAAAGCAUAAUAAAUAUAUAGCUUGUGUAUAUAUACAUUACAUAUACACACACAUAUUUGAAUAAAAAUACAUAUACACACGUAUGUAUUUUUUUUUCUUCAAACAAGUAAUUGUGCGUAUUAGAUAUCAUAGAUAGAUAUAUAUAUACAAAAAAUACUUUUAUAUAUUCUAUAGAAUCAGUGUUUCCCAACCAGGGUGCCUCCAGCUGUUGCAAAACUAUAACCCCCAGCAUGCCUAGGAAACCAGAGGCUGUCCGUGCAUACAGGGAGUUGUCGUUUUUCAACUUCUGGAGGGCCACAGUUUGGAAACCACUGUGCAAUGGUUUACAAAUUAUGUCCCUGCAGAUGUUGCCAACUACAACUCCCAGCAUGCCUGUGCAGUGUGGACAUGCUGGGAGUUGAAGUAUUGCAACAUCUGAAGGGCAAUAGACCACUGUACAGUGGUCUACAAAAUGCACUCCUCCAGAGGUUGCAAAACUACAAUUCCCAGCAUACUCACAGUCCAGGCAGGCUGGGGGUUGUAGUUCGGCAACAUGUGAAGGGCCAGGACUACAAAUCCCAGCAUGCCUGGGCAUGCUGGGAAUUGCAGUUUUGCAAGAUCUGAAGGGGCACAGUUUGGAGACCACUAGAGUGUGGUAUCCAAAAUUAGCCCUUCCAGCUGUUGCAUAACUACAACUCUCAGCAUGCCCUUUGGCUGUCAGUGCAUGCUGGGAGUUGUAGUUUAAAAAAAAUAAAAAAAUAAAAAUUAGGUAGGCAGCAGUUCCCCCACAUUAGGAGCAUAAUUUCCCUGCAUAAGGUAGCAUAGGUUCAAACACCCCCCCCCCACACACACACACACACAUAGACAUCUCCCUCCUCUGCGCUCCAGGGCAGUCAUCAGUGCCGGAGCGUAAGGGAACAGACGCGCUGCCUCACAGGUGUUGCUAGGCAGAAGAAGUCUCCCGCUCUCACUCCCAGAUGGAGAGUCAGGUGGUUGUCUCAGCAGUCAUGUGAUCUCCGUCUCGGAAGGUGGGGGCUGUAGAGGGGGAGGGACAGCAGCCGAGACAGAGAUGCCAGAACAGGGAGGCAGAAAAGGGUUUUGAUGACCUUUCACUAGAGAUGAGCGAACUUACAGUAAAUUCGAUUCGUCACAAACUUCUCGGCUCGGCAGUU